AUGUUUGGCUUAGCUUUUACUUGCCUAACAGUAUUGGUUACUGUAGCUGCUGCUGGUGGAUGUUCAGCACCUUCCAAUAUUGUUUCCGAAACAUUUUCCUCUGCAAAACAAUGUUUUUUGGAUUACAGCAACGACGCUUACCUUUAUGGAUGUGGGGUAACCGCCUCGUGGGUUUUCUCAACAACCUCCGAAUGUUUCGUAUCAGAAUAUUAUAAAAAUAAAUAUAACUACGUUGGUGCAGUGUCUGCAAAAUACAAUGGAAGUACGAUAUGCACAAAAACACCAUGUGGAGCAGUCAUAAAAGUUCAGUCAAAUUGUUCACAAGCAUUUUAUGACAGGAUCAAUAAAAUUCCAAGUGAUGAUUAUGAGAAUGAAUGCUGA